CACACACACACACACACACACACACACACACACACACACCAGUCUCCCUCAAAAACAGUGUAACUAUGACCCCAGACUGAGGCGGUCCCUUUCAGAUUCUCUCAACCGGCCGCAGGAGGGACGGUGGCUUCAUUUGAUGAAAAUGACACCCAAACUAUCAUUGGGCGGUUUUAAUCAUGUGACGAGCAGCACAGUCUAAUUCCAAGUAUGUCUCCAUGAAAUCCCUACUUCAUGGCGCGGAGAUCUCCACAGCACUGCCAGGUUAAACCUCGUGUUAAUCCCCGAUCCCUUAUUUAAACGUCGUGCCUGCGCGUCUUCUCCAGAACCAGAAGCAGGAGGACAUGAAUUACGAAUUCGGGCGUGAGAGCGGUUUCAUCAACAGCCGACCGUCGCUCGCUGAGUGCCUGACAUCUCUCACUAACCCCGCCGGAGAAGCCUUUCAAAGUCCAUCAAUCAAGAGCUCCACACCGAUUCCUCCUCCUCCUCCUACCCCCUUCGAGCAGACCAUCCCCGACCUGAAGCCCACCGUCCACCCACGUUGCAAACGGGCAUUGAAAGCGCACAGUCCGCUGCAGGCUGCACCUCUGCUCACCGAGUAUCCGUGGAUGAAGGAGAAGAAAAGCAUCAAGAGGAGCCAGGCUACUGCUUCUUCAGCCGCUGCAGCAGGCUCUGACCUCUCUCCCCAAGGUUCUCCGGAGAGGUCAGAGAGUACAGCUGGUCUUGCUGAGCUGGUGGUUGCAUCCAGGAGGCUGAGGACCGCGUACAGCAACACGCAGCUCCUGGAGCUGGAGAAGGAGUUUCAUUUUAACAGAUACCUGUGCAGACCCAGGCGGGUGGAGAUAGCCGCGCUGUUGGAUUUGACGGAGAAGCAGGUGAAGGUAUGGUUUCAAAACAGGCGGAUGAAACACAAAAGGCAGAACCAGUGUAAGGAGAACAGGAACAGCGACGGGGAGUAUCCAUCGGGCGUAAAUGAGGAGUUUGAGCCGGUUAAGGAGAGCGGCGAAGGCGGCGCGCCCAUCCAGAGGGAGCGUUACAGUUUCCACCACAACACCCUGAUUAACCAGCAGCCUCAAAACGGACACAAUGGACAGAACCAGAAACAUUUUACCAACCCAGCACCCAUCUGCGAGUCAAUAAUAGGUCCGGACAAUGCUCAGUCCCCCUGCCAGGGCGCCUCUUUGCAGGAUUUUUACGUUUUCUCUCCCUUGGCUUCUUUUUCCUCGGAUUCAUCACUGGGUUCUCCACUUUCAUCUUCGGAAACCUUCAACCUUUUCCCAGCGACUCUCCAAACAAUGGAAUUGCAAAAUCUUUCCUGAAAUCAUGUCUGUUAAUUUAAACUUAAUCUCUUUAAUUCAGUUUAUAUUGUGCGUGGAAAAAAAUCCUGACAAUAAGGUGAGUUAAUAGAUUUUUGCAACACGGGACUCUUUCAGGAUAUUUUUUAUUAAUGUAAGAUUUUUUUUAUAUAUUUCUUCAAAUAAAUAUGUAAAAUUAUUCGAAAACCUUUUGUGUCAUUUUGCAGAGCCUGUUGAUUUUAGCUCAGCAUAUGCAUGCGUCCUAAGAGGAUAUAGGUGCACGAGACGUGCCGAGUUAAUCAGUAAAAUAAAGAAAAAAAAAUUGUUAUUAAUAUGAUUACGAAUAAUAAAUUAGGCACAAACAGACCAAGUCAAGCUUUAAAUUAUUUCAAAAUAAAUUUUUUUGUAGCUUUACAGUGGUGCGUCUUUUUUUUUUUAAAUGACUUAAAUAGGAAGAGACUAAAGCAAAUAAAUCGAGAAUGGCCUUGUGGGAGAGCAGGGCAAAAGUUGUGACUCCUGUUGGCUUUCUAAUUAAAGUUUAUUGCCUAUAAAACUCACGGUGUCGAGGCCGCUUGUUUAUAGCACUGCAACAGCUCCUAUAUAUAAAAGAAAAAUUAGCAUACCGUGUUUAUUGAGACCUUUAAAGAUUUAAGGAAAUAUUAAGUACAUAUAGGUCAAUGCAAUCUUUUCACACAUAUUAAUUAGGUCAAAUGUUGGGUUAAA